AUGCCUUCAGGUCAAAAGUCAGACGUCGCCUCGUCCCUCUCCAAGCUCACGCUGGAUGGCGACAAAAAGCCCGCAAAGACGGCCAAGAAGACUAAGAAGCCAGUCGUAGACUCCUGGGAAGACGAGGACCUCGACGACGAUGAUGAGGAAGAGGAGGCAAAGCCCCCGGGCGGCGACGGCUCCAAGGCGCCUCCUCCGACCCCCAUCUCUCCCACGUACAACGCGGCGUCUCACUCGUUUCCCCCGUACAGCACGACGGAUCCCACGGGCGCCUCGGCAGCAGGAGCACCACCGGCAGGCGGUCCGCGUCGUCCCGAGAAGACGGACGCCGUGGCCAGGCGCAUGAUUGCCAGCGCGCUCGGCGUCAAGGUCCCGAAGCAGACGGAGGAGCAAAAGGCCUACGACAGAGCCAUGCGGGAGCAGGAGCGCAAGCGCAGGGAAGAGGAGAAGGCGGCGGAGAGAAAGAAGCAGGAGGAGACGGAAAGGGCAAAGGCCGCCAUCUGGGAGGACUAG